AGAGAGAGAGAGAGGAGGGAGGAGGGAGAGAGUAGGGAGUGUGAGAGAUUGAAACAGUGGGACGAGGAGCAGGUGGUCCGCCGUGCGCGACAAUUUUAUGAACCGAAAUCCCCCGACAUAUUUGUGCUGCCGGAUAUCGCGCCCACGUCUAAGUGCCAAACACGCCCGUCGUCCGCCCGCCCCGCCCUUCGUGAUGGUGGGCGCCGCCGCUGCCGCCACGACAGCCGGAGCGAACGAGAGAUGAAAAGCGCCCGAAUGAAUCCGGGAGGGGCGACGGAGAAGAAGCAGUAGUGAGUCUCGAGAGAGAGAGAGAGAGGGAGAGAGAGAGAGAGAAUCCCAUCAUGCCCGCAAAACCCCGAACAAGUGAAUGAAAGAGGAUCACGUGACCCCCAGAACCGACCAAUCAGCGGCCGCCGAUUCCAUCCCCCCCCACCACCACCGACGACGUCGCGAACUCGCGCCGCAACACCCAACUUCUCCCCAAAAGUACAAAAUAAAACGCAGCUCGAAAUGGAGGAAACUUCAAAGAAUCAAGUUGGAAAGGAUGCAGAUGAUCAGCAACAGGAGCAGCAGCAGCAGCAGCAGCAGCAGCAGCAGCAGCAGCAACAGCAGCAGCAGCAGCAGCAGCAGCAGCCAGCUCAACCUCCACAGCAGCAGCAAAGUCAGGAAAGUAACAAGGACUCGUCCCAACAGCCCCACCACAUUAUUGGUGGUAAUGAAGGUCCUUUAGGCAUCACAUCCACUGCUAAGGAUGGUCUUCCUCCUCCUACACAGAUUAAUAAAAUAAAGUUUAGUCCUGGGGCACCGCUCAUCAAGAAGGACAAGAGGCAGUCGUCUUCGCGCUUCAACGUUCCGAAGAAUAGGGAGUUGCAAAAAUUGCCAUCGUUACGGGAUGCCCAGCCAAAUGAGAGAGAAGAACUUUUCACACAAAAGAUUCGACAGUGUGGGGUCUUGUUUGAUUUUGUUACGGACCCACUGAGUGAUUUGAAGUGGAAAGAGGUGAAACGGGCAGCCUUAAAUGAGAUGGUAGAGUAUGUAACAACUCAGCGGCAAGUCAUUACGGAGCCUAUCUACCCCGAGGUGGUGAAUAUGUUUGCUGUUAAUUUGUUUAGAACGCUGCCACCUUCUACUAAUCCGUCAGGAGCAGAGUUUGACCCAGAAGAAGACGAGCCUACUUUGGAAGCUGCUUGGCCACACCUACAACUAGUGUACGAGUUUUAUUUACGUUUUCUCGAAAGUCCAGAUUUCCAGCCUGCCAUUGCUAAACGGUACAUAGAUCAGAAAUUUGUACUGCAGCUACUAGAACUGUUUGAUUCUGAAGAUCCAAGAGAGAGAGAUUUCCUGAAGACCACUUUACAUAGAAUAUACGGCAAGUUUUUAGGCCUGAGAGCGUUUAUCCGAAAACAAAUUAACAAUAUAUUUUACAAAUUCAUAUAUGAGACUGAGCAUCAUAAUGGUGUAGCAGAAUUGUUAGAAAUCUUAGGAAGUAUCAUCAAUGGGUUCGCAUUACCACUUAAAGAGGAACACAAAGUGUUCCUUUUGAAGGUUUUGCUACCCCUUCACAAGGUUAAGUCUCUGAGUGUGUAUCAUGCUCAACUGGCCUAUUGCGUAGUUCAAUUCCUCGAGAAGGAUCCCUCGUUGACGGAACCUGUCAUCAUUACGCUGCUCAAGCUCUGGCCAAAAGUCCAUAGCCCGAAAGAGGUAAUGUUCCUAAAUGAGCUUGAGGAAAUACUGGAUGUGAUUGAGCCUAACGAAUUCGUGAAGGUGAUGGUCCCUUUAUUUCGUCAACUUGCCAAAUGUGUUUCCUCACCACAUUUCCAGGUUGCAGAGCGAGCUCUCUACUAUUGGAAUAAUGAAUACAUAUUGUCAUUAAUUAGUGACAAUGCCCAAACCAUAUUACCAAUUAUGUUCCCUGCACUUUAUAAAAACUCCAAGUCACAUUGGAAUAAAACAAUACAUGGGUUGAUUUACAAUGCACUUAAGCUUUUCAUGGAAAUGAAUCAGAAGCUCUUUGAUGAAUGCACACAGCAGUACAAGGCUGAGAGACAAAAGGAAAAGGAAAAGAUGAGAGAACGGGAGGAAGCGUGGCAACACAUAGAAGACCUGGCAGUACAAAACCCUCUGUUUGACAAAUUUUCAUCUGAGACUAAUAACCUUUGUAAUUCCCAAUCAUCUAUGGGUUCACCACAAGAUGACAGUGAUUCAGAUUUUAAUCCAGAUAUUGGUGGGGAUGCGGCAGAGAAAGUGAAAAAGGUGCGUAAUACGGAAAAGCCAUUACUGAGAAGGAAGAGCGAGUUACCCCACGACCAAUAUACAAUCAAGGCUUUGAGUGACCACAAACGAGCGGAUGACUAUCUAACUACUUCUCAAGAAUUGACAGCCACCACCAGCUAGAUCCAACCCAAGAUAGUUAGGAAGACACAAUGCUGUAGUACAGCAGUUCACUUGUGUUGCAGAGGCUUGGAAAGGCCCUCCUGUGUCAGGUGGUGGUUAAGUGGAACUGGUGCCGAACCUUUAUCAAGACAAUAGUAUUGGAAAAGACUGGAUUUUUUUCUUGCUUUUCUUUUCCUUUCUUUCCUUAUUUGGGGUUAUGUGUCAUUUUAACUUUGUUUUCGGAGAAAUUUCAAACUGGACUAGGAAAAAGAUUUACUACAAGUUCUAAAUUUCUUUUUCUUUAUUUUUUUGAAAUUUCAAACUGGACUAGGAAAAAGAUUUACUACAAGUUCUAAAUUUCUUUUUCUUUAUUUUUUUUGUACGUAUGAGUAUCAGAUUCUAAUGCAGUGUACCGUGUGAAGGAGAAUAACUGGAAAAGAAAAAAGAAGAGUGUUACAGUAUAAAUUAAAACAUACUACAGUAGUGACCCUCCAUGUAGAAAUGACCCUACUAUUAUGUUACAUUACCAAAGUGGACCUUUAAUAAGGUGAAUAAGUAAGAAGAAAUUUUUUUUCAAGUUUAAAUUUAUUUUUUAUAUGAAUAUAAAUAUCUGACUCGUACUAAAGGAAGGUUUAAAAAAAAAAACCUGAGAUGAAAGUGAGAUGUUAAAUGAAUUCGAAAGUAUGGUAGUGAACCUUCUGUAGAGUUGACCUCCUUAUGUUACAUUACCAAAGUGGAAUAAGGUGAAUUUGUAACUGUUCCAUAACUAACUCCUAGUACAUUCAUCUGUGCUUACAUUAAGGUAAAGGAACCUAAUAAGACUAAUGAGGUUGUAUCCCAAGCAUUGGUUUGAGCAAGAACAUAAUUGUAAUUGUAUAUAUAUAUACAAAUGCAUAUUUUAGCAACCACCCCCAAUGCAUAGUGGCUGGUUGUUUGCUAGAAUAUAUACACUAAGGGCUGUAUAUAUGUUUGUAUAUGUAUAUACUGUACAUAUGCAAAGUUACAGCAUACUUGCCUCUGGAUUAAGCUAUUCUUGUAGAGGGACCCAAGUGUUUUAGUCCAUUAGACCAGAGAAACUUAUUGGUAAAUUCUGUAUGUAACACUCAGUAACAAUAGUGUAUUUAAAGUAACUUUAUUUUAUUAUGAAGGAAAUACCUGGUAGGACAGUAGUGAGCAGCAGCAAAUUAUCAAAUCAUGUUUGUAUCUAACCAACUUUUGUAGCUAGAAAUGAGACCCAUUGCUGUCAGGUGAAGUUUUGUUCUUGAUUAGUCUCUGCAAACAGGAAUUUCUUUCAAGGAAGUCAAAAGUGGAGGUGAGGUUGGAGUAUAUGUAAUGCCUACUCGAUUACUUUCCAAACUAGGUCGUAUUAUACGUGUAUGUUUUUAUAUUUUGCUUAUUUUAAUUUCUGACAAGUAGUAUGCAAAAGGAAAUCGUGCAUGUCAAAGUAUUUUGAGAUAAAUUAAAAAUGUAUCUUUAUUGCUGUGUACUGCAAACAUAAAUGGCAGUAGAUAGACCCACCAUGAUUGGUUGUGAUUCUGUGCAUUAUUGAAACAAAAUGUAUGCUUCCUGAUUUUGUAAAAGUGUUAUUAGAUAAAAAAUACUAAAGUUUCUCUGAUCUGGGUAAGUUAGCCAUGACUUUGUGAUUGGAAGCCUGUAGAAGUGUGAGGGUAUUAUGUUUUUGUUAAGAUGAAAUGAUUGGGAUCUCACAAAUAUGAAAGCAGCCUUCACAGACUUUUAUAACGAUGAUCCAACCCUGCAAAUUGUGUCACAAAGGAGCAGCAUGUCCAGUGUGGUGAUUUUAUUUUCUAAUGCUCACAUUUCGCUGAGUAUCAAAGGAAAACAAAAAUCGGUAGAGGAAUAAAAAACGGCCAUAGAUGAAGGAGCCUUCAAGUUUACCUGUUACCCACCAGAGACUUAAAUAUAUAAUUUCUAAGUAGUAAUACCUUUAUUUAAGGAAUAAGAGUUAGAAUAUGCCACUGAAAUGAUAGCAUUAGACACUCAUGGAGUACUGUGGAAAUAUAUUGUGUUGUUAUAUUGAGAUAGAUUAUAGAGUUUAUACAAGUUUUGUUGUAUCAUAAUUUAGGAGUAUAAUCCACUUUUUACUCCACUUACUAAGUAGUGGUGUCUUGAUGAGGCUAUAAAUUUGUAAUUGGUGUUUUCCAGGGUUUAGUACAGGGUCAUUCUGUAUCAAUUUUCAGUCAUCAGACACUUGAAUAAGUAUCAGUUGUAGUUCAAUAAAAACUGCAUACAUCUUAGGUUCCUGUGUACGUUCGUAUGAUUUUCAAGAAAUACAAUGGCACCACUCUCAGUGAUGAUCAUUUUCAUACUGUGAACAAACCACUUAUUGUACUUAAGCAUAUUGCUUGUCUGGGUGAAUGGUAGCUGUGAUGUGGAAUCUUCCUUUUUUUAAAAAUGUACUACGUAUACUGCUCAUCAUUCUCUGGUUGGAGUGUCAUAUUGAUGAGGAAUCAUCAACUGCCACUUUAUCAUACUGGAUGCUUUUAAAACACUUCACUGCUGUGCUCAUUUAUUUCAUUAUUAUUAUUAUUAUUAUAAUCUUCAGUCUUUAGUAGAGUUGGUGUUGUACUGCAGCUUCUUUUGGUCCCCAAGGUGGGUUUGAUAUCUUCUCUUAAAGCUGUCUAACCUUAAAUCUCUGUCAUGAUUGCAUUUUCACCCAUUCAAGAGCAUAUCUUUCUCUCUGUUGCAGCCUUACAUGAGAAGUAGUGUGACAUCUGGUCUGGCUAAACUUCUGAGUAGUAAUAGGUGUUGGAAGGUUUAUCGAGGACAGUUUUAAAGUAGUUGCGAGUUGGACACCUUUCUGGUACACCACCUGGGCAACCAUGGGUUCAUGUGUAUGCUGGAUGGUCAACUUGUUUUAACAGCACCCACUUCUCGUUGUUUUUUCUGACAUGUGACAAGCUCUGGGCUUUCAUUGAAGUAGGUCUUCAUUAUGUAUGUGUUAACCAUGCAAGGUCUUUAUUUAUUGUUUGUGAAGCCGUACAUAGUGUAUAAUUAUUUUUUCUGUUAUAAAUACAAACCUCUUAUUUUAUUUUAAGUGCCCUUCUGUGAACCCCUUCACCUCCAUCCAUUCUGUUGUAGCUUAAACACUCAGGCUUAGGAACGAGAAUGUUUUAUAACACGGGGAAUUGGACCUUCCUGUGGAGGAGGAUUAUUCAUCUGGAUGAAUGAAGUGAGCCUUUCAUGUAAGGGUAAUUCUCUUGGUAGAGCUGUGACAGGCAAGCAAUAUGUAUAAGUAAAAUAAGGGGUUUGUAUUCAUGAAACUACAUUUAUUGAAAAUUUUUCAUAUAUAAAAAGUAUGGAAUUGCUGCAGUUGCCAACACCUGAAUGUGUGUGUAUGUAUGUACUGUAAGUAGUAGCCAGAGCCCUGGUAAGUGGUAGCCAUUGCCAACCUCAAUACAUGUGCUGAAAAAGAUCGUUAUUUUAGUCUGCCAGUAGUUCUUCACAAUGAGGCUUGUUUUGAUGUCCUAGAUGAUGACGACGAGCCUCCCUGGACUAAUAUUACUCUCGGGCUCUAUUUAUCUGAUCAUGUUGCAUAUAUAUACAAUAUUAUAUAUAUAUAUUAACUUAUAGACCAAAGGCUCUGUAGUGAAACAUUUCAUGUGCAAACAGUGUUCCUUUGGUACCUUCCCCCACCCAGUGCCCUGCCUACCCUCCCUCUCCAUCUGAUGCCAUCUUUUUCAAACCUUGCAGCACACUUCUUAACCGAUUGAUCAAGCCUACCAGGAAGUGGGAACUUGGGCCUCAUGACUGGGCAGUGCCUCGUAGAAAAAAGGUCAUUUGUGCUCGUAUUCUCCAGUUUACAGAUGUAUAGGAAAACAAAUUGAUAGAACUGAAAAGUUACACAAAUACACUGUAACAGAAUAAGGUGGAAGGAAUCACCUUGUGUCAUUUUUUUUCUUGUUCUCUAAUGCUAAGACCCCUAUGGGGAAAUGAUUCCUGGUGAGGGGCUUAAAGUAUUGUUGAUCCUCUUGUAAAUUAUAUAAUCUUGGUAUAUAUACAUAUGAUAUAUAUAUUUUUGGCAUUAAAACUUUGCUGUAUGUAAUUGAAAGUGGGGGAUCAUAGCCUUAUUCCUUUGCAAAAUAGACUAUACCUUUAUGCUGUGCUGUCUCACAUCAUGAAAUCAUAUUAAUUCAUCUUGUACAAGUUCUCACAUUGUAUACAUUGUCAGUGACAUAAGAAGACUUUCCAAAUUCAUCUCAUUUAAUGUGUAUAAAUUAAAAAAGAAAUUCAUGAUGUCAUCUCUUUUUUCCCUUUGAAAAAACCCACUGUUAUUGUUCAUUUAAAAAGCUACUCUUGAGUUGAUUCUUCCUUUGCAUGCUUCAUUCAUCCUGGGGCCUCAGUUUUUGUCAUCCAUUGGCCACAGUCAUUCAUCCUACCUCAGAGCUCAUCUCAUAGCAUCAUUUGAAGCUGCUGCCCUCUGCAUCCGUGGCACACAUCAAAAACUGAACUGAAGAAGAAAGUAGUUGGUCUUCAUGAAUACAGUAUAUAUAUAUAUAUAUAUAGUAAAUUUUAAGCCAUGUUGAGUACUGCAAUAAAACUUUAAUUUCUUAUGUAAUAAAAACACAGGAGUUGAUCUAUUUUAAUACCUUUCUGUGGGCGCGUUGGUUAGUUACUGUAUAUUAACAGGUUUCAUACAUGUCUUACUGCUAACAUUUCAUCCUAACCAGACCCUAAGCAGUCCUUUCACUUCAUCCCAUCCUGACUUUUAUUUCGGUGCUGUCUACUCACCUUUAGGUGUUAAGAACCCAAGAUGCUUUGAGAUGAUGAAUAUUAAAUAAUAAUUAGGUAUUAUAAAGAGAUGACUAACAGUAGAGGAGCCAGAUGCUGUGUAAAAUAUUAUUAGGCUUUUCUGCCAGUCACAGUACAGUAAUGGAAUUAAGUGUAUAAGCCUCAUAAAGACAAUGUAUAACCAUUUUGUGUUAUGUGGGUCUUAAGCAGUGAGGAAUUGUAUCGUUGUCAUUCUUUUUUGAUGAUUAUUAUUUUGCAUACAUACAGUUGGACUGUAUUCUAAGUUGCUUCCAAAGCCUAUUUUCUAUUUUGAUAGUGAAACUGCUGCUCAAUAUCUAUAUGAAAACACACAGUGUCCCAGGUAUAUUGUGAAGUAGAAUUAGGUUGUGGGUUUGCUUAUAGUAAGUCAAACCUUAUUUGGAGUGACCUUGAAGAAAAGCUUUCAUUAUAUUGGGGAAACUAUGAAACAUGAGUGAAGCUAAAUCACCCUUUGUAGCCCGCUGCAAAAUCUGCACCCAUCUAUUAAGAUCAUAGUGAGAGAGAGAGAGAUUUGCAUAUUCAAUCUUAGUUUAACAUCCAUACCUUAUCAUGCUCUGUACAACUUCUAACUCUGUGAAAAAUGUCAGUUUUGUGAUCAAUUUCAGACUUGGGUACUAUUAUAAGUGUAUAAAAAUUGCUGUCUAUUCAGGGUUACUGAUGGAAAUUUUCAUUGCUAAGGCUGUCACCUACAUUAUGGAAGCAACUUGGGUUUGGCAUCCCUCCUCCUUACAUGUCCCUUUGGGGAAGGGUUGGUUUAGGGGAGGUAGUGGAGUGCAUUCCUGUAAGGAGACCUAUUGACUUGCCUAUGACAGGUCUUCUCUACAUAUUUUCUCCUUUUAUUUCCUUUUUCUUGUUAUGCAAUACAUUCCAGGAACUUGGUGGAAGUAUAUUGCACAAUAUCUUUCACCUAUGAAAGCAAUUGGCAUUAGACAUAAAAUCAAAAACCUAUUUCCCACGUUUUUACGUAUGAGGUAUGAAAUACAUUGCCAUGAAUAGAGUUUACUUAUAGUGAAUAGCUUGCAAAUUGUAACUUCCAUAUUUAGGUCAUUUGCAACCAUACUCAGUCUUGUUAUUCCAGUAUCGAACUAAGCUACUAUAUUCUCUAGAACUUCUGUUUGCCCCCUCCAUUUCUUUCAGUUUAGUCAAACUCAACAACAGAAUCAGGUAUUAGGAUUUGGUAAAUGUCUAUUCCCAGUGCCUCUUUGCUGGCUAAAGAAAAGAAAAAGCUAUUUGUAGUGUAACUUUUAACUUGUGAUGCUUUGUGAGAGUGAUAGGGAUUGGUUAACAAACUAAACUAGGAAAGGAAGAUCAUUCAAAACGACCUUCUGAAACUGGCUAUAUGCACUCUUUUGAAACAGCCAAAGGUCAUUCUGAUUAGUCCUGCAAUUGCUGAGAAAGGGAGUGCGUGUUAACAGCUCUUUUUAAGUUGAGUCAAGCCAAAAUUGGACACUUUUGUUUGUUCAUCAAUAGAAGGCCUUUGAUGAAUGUGUUGUAUGCCAAGUUCUCGAGGCUUAGCCAGGUGUUUUGCUGUGAAACACUCCUGGAUUGUCGAAAGUCAUUUUCUUUUUCCUCCAGUAAAUUGGAAGUAAAAUGGUGCAAAGAAUUCGCAUGAUUGUCGUGUUGUGCAUUUGUGAGUGUGUUUGGGCUUUUGAGUGCUUUAUUUAGGCCAAGUAAACAUUGAAAUUGAUUCAAAAGUCAAGAAAAGUCAUUUGCUUCCUCCCAAGGUGUUUCACAGUGAGUGUCGUGGCUAGCUUGUCAGCCAUCUUUAAAACAUUUGGUGUUCUACCCCCUGUGUUCUGUAUCAUCUUGAAACUGAGCCAUAAAAUCAGAUCAUUGUUUGUUUUGAUUUUUCACUUAUUUUCCUUGAAUUUUGUUUAUAGAGUUGUCUUUUUAAGUGUAAAUGUGGAAAUAGAAUGUAUUAACAAUAAAUGAUCUGCUAUGGAA